ACUCAUAUGAAUGCAUUUCCAUUGCUGACAUUUCUAAUUAUCCAGGGCGGCAUUAAGGGCGUCGUUUGGACAGAUGUCAUACAAGGAGCUGUGAUGAUUGGGGCCAUGGGCUUUGUCAUAGUCAAGGGCACUGCGGACUUGGGUGGUUUGGCGGUGGUGCUGGAGCGCAAUCGUCAAUUCGAGCGCCUGGUGGGUCCCGACAUGACACUUGAUCCGACGGCUCGCAUGGGCGUGUGGGCCUUGUUUAUUGGCGGCGCCUUCUUUAAGCUGCAGGCCAAUUGCAUUAACCAGACGGCAGUCCAGCGCUUUAUGACCUUGCCCAACGUGCGGGCCGUUAAGCAGGCGCUGGUAUUGUCGCUGAUAGGCUUCAUGCUUGUCAUGGCCAUGUGCAUCUAUCUCGGCGUGCUCGCCUUUGCCGCCUACUACCAUUGUGAUCCCAUCACCACGGGUCUGGCACGUGCCAAGGAUCAGGUGAUACCCUUGUAUGUGAUGCAAAGCGCUGGGAUGGUGCCCGGCAUUGUGGGUCUGUUUGUCGCCGGCGUGUUUAGUGCCGCACUCAGCUCGCUCUCCACCGCACUCAAUUCACUGUCGGCGGUGGUGCUGAAGGACUUUGUCGAGCCCCAUCGCAGCCGCCCUCUGACCGAGCGCCAGACUGCCUUUGUGCUGAGAGGCGUGGUCGUCGUGUUUGGGCUCAUCUCAAUGGCGAGUGUGCCCAUUGUGCAGAAAUUGGGCAUGGUCAUGCAGCUAUCGUCCACAGUGGCCGCCAUCACCUGUGGCCCCCUGCUCGGCGCCUUCUCAGUGGGCAUGCUGCUGCCGUUCGUUCGCACAGAGAGUUUGUUAACGGGCAUUUCGAUGGCCACCAGCUUCACAGCUUAUGUCGUUGUGCGGGCCCAGAUUGCCAUGGCCACCGGCCAGAUGACUUUCCCCACGAAACCCGUUUCCGUGGAGGAGUGCGACUACAGCUCCGAGCUGCGCUCCAACUGGAAUGCAACGACCAGCGCAUCGCCCGCCGAGGCCAAGAGUCGCAGCCUGCAUGAGCUCUCGUUCCUGUGGUACACCAUGAUUGGCUCUGUGGGCACGCUGCUCUGCUCGCUGCUGGCCACGCUCUACUUUGGCAAGCAGGAUGUGCGGCUGGUCGACAAGGAGCUGGUUACGCCCAUUUUGCAGAGCUAUUGGUAUGGAGCGUACGAGAGUGUGGCCGGCGAUGAUGCGGAAGCCAAGCAGCUGGAGCUGCACGAGUCCUCGACCCAGCCUAAGCUGGACCCAAGCCCAAACCGAUUUGAUUGA